AUGCUGUGGGGAGUCUUCCUAAUAGCCGUAUUCUUAGGCUAUCUACACUAUGUCCAAACUCGGCGCCGGCGCCUCCUCCCGCCAGGCCCAAAGCCAAUUCCUCUUCUAGGAAACAUCCUCGACUUCCCUCCACCAGGCGUACCCGAAUUCCAACAUUGGUUAAAACUUAAAGACCAAUAUGGAGGGAUUAGCUCGGUAUCUGUCCUUGGUCUCACCGUGAUCCUUAUACAUGAUAAGAAGAUUGCGCAUGAAAUCUUAGACAAAAACUCCAGUAAGACCUCAGGAAGGCCUAGGAUGGAAUUUGCCGGUGAGCUAUGUGGGUACAAAUCUUUUGUUAUAUUUCGCGGAUACGGUACCACGUUUCGUCUCCUUCGAAAGUUCCUGCACCAGGAGCUCGGCACAAAACCACUCGUAGGACGUUUUCGAGAGGUGCAAGAAACUGAGGUAAAUCGACAACUGGUACGGUCACUCAGACGGCCAGAGGAUUGGGUUAAAAACUUUUCAACAACUAGUGGAGCCACUGUUUUGAAAGCAGUUUACGGUUAUAAUAUCGAGGCAGACAAACCCGAUACCCUCGUACACAAAGUUGACCAGAUGAUGAAGGAAUUCUCCCGCGCUGCCGUCCCCAACAAGUGGACGGUUGACCUAUUUCCCGUCCUACGAUAUCUACCUGAAGGAUUCCCUGGUACCUCAUUCAAAAAGACGGCCCGUGCCUGGAAAAGGUCUUUUGAAGAAACGGCCCAAAUACCAUACCAAUUCGUGCGGCACCAAAUGGCAGCAGGCUGCCACCGACAAUCCUACGUCUCAAAGCUCGUAGAGAGGAACCAAAAAGAAAGUUAUGACGGGAAGUUAAAUUCCGAACAUGAGGACGCUAUCAUCUACUCAGCUGCAAACCUUUACGGUGGAGGCGCAGAUACUACGGCGAUAGGCAUGACCAGCUUUACCUUGGCUAUGAUAUUAUACCCUGAGGUUCAGCGUAAGGCGCAAGAGGAAAUCGACCGUGUGGUCGGAUCGGAUCGUCUACCCGGUUUCGAGGACCGAGAACGGCUACCAUAUAUCAACGCCAUAAUUAAAGAGAUACUUAGGUGGUGGGUCGUCGGGCCCCUGGCCUUCAUACACGUAGCUGACGAGGAUAUCGAAUACAACGGGUAUCUUAUUCCAAAAGGAUCUUAUAUUCUUCCAAAUAUCUGGUGGAUUUUACAUGAUCCGGAAGUAUAUGCCAAUCCCGAUAAAUUCGAUCCCGACCGCUUUUUGAGUCCCCGUAAUGAACCUGAUCCCGAAGGUGACGUUUUCGGAUACGGACGAAGAAUAUGUCCCGGUCGAUUCUUUGCGGAUGCAAACAUUUACCUCAACGUUGCGAAAUCAAUAGCUGCUUUUAAUAUCAACAAGGCCCUGGAUAAAGAUGGGAAAGAAGUUGAGGUUGAGGCGAAGCCGACACCUGGUGUAUUCAGCUAUGUCGAAAAAUUCCAGUUUCGAAUCACACCAAGAAGUGCAAAGCACGCGGAGCUUGUCAAUAAACUUGAUACGAAGGAUUUAUGGGGGGAAAGUGAUUCUGGAAUGCUCAAGGACAUCAAGAUUGUCAUCUAG